AUGAUGAAGAUGAUGAAGCUAUCGUCACCACAAGUGUCACUUCUGCUGCUGCUGUUGUUGGUGCAACAAACGACGCAAUUUGAGACUGACUGCGGUUGUCGACCUGGUCAUCGCAAUGCGCGGAUUAUUGCUGGCGCCUCCACCCACGAAGGUCAAUUUCCGUGGCAGGCAUCCCUGGAACUGUUGCAUCCCUCAUUGGGCUUUCUGGGACACUGGUGUGGAGCUGUGCUCAUCCAUCAGUACUGGAUACUCUCUGCUGCCCACUGUGUGCACAACGAUCUCUUCAACCUGCCGAUUCCUCCACUUUGGACCGUUGUGCUGGGUGAGCACGAUCGCAGCAUUGAAUCGGGAAACGAGCAACGGAUUCCCGUAGAGAAGAUCGUGUUGCAUCAUCAUUAUCACAAUUUCCGUCACGAUGUUGUGCUGAUGAAGCUGUCAAAGCCCGCGGAUCUCUCACGAUCCUCGCACAUUCGUCGCAUCUGUUUGCCCUUCAUGUUGAGGGAGUCUCAGGAGACGCCAACUCCGGCCAAGGAGGAUGUCCUAAGCCAACAGGUGGAGCUGGACGAUGUGCCCGAGAAGAUCGACAACUUUCUGCGCAGUGUGCAGAGUCGGAGACGAUACCGCAAUGUGACUGCUCCGAGUUCCAUAGACAUGUCCAUGCGGGAACUGAUGAACAUGAAGAUUCUGAAUCGAUUACGUCAAGCUCUAAGACAAUCUCAGCGUUCUCCGCGUAGCAAGAAACGCACACGCCGAAGAAAUGAUAAGCUAAUGAAACUAAAGUUGGAAUCGGAUCAGGAUGCCGACCUAACAGAGCACGAUCACUCCCAUGAGAUGCCCUUUUUUGACUGUGUUGCCACCGGAUGGGGCAAGGCCAACAUCAGCGGCGAUUUGUCCAAUGAGCUGCUAAAGACUCGAGUUCCUCUGCAUCAGAAUCGCAGGUGCAAGGAUGCUUAUGGCAGCUUUGUGAACAUCCAUGGAGGACACCUCUGUGCUGGUCAGCUCAAUGGACAGGGAGGCACCUGUGUAGGCGACUCCGGCGGACCGCUACAGUGUCGUCUGUCCCGUGAUGGACCCUGGAUUUUGGCCGGGGUCACGUCCUUUGGUUCGGGCUGUGCCCUUGAGAACUUUCCGGACGUUUACCUGCGAAUCUCGUACUAUCUGAAUUGGAUUGAAGACACGAUUGCCUCACAUUAAGGCGAGCUAGGCUCGAAAGAAAAGCAUCCAAUGAUUGAUUUGAUUGACAUGAUUGAUCGUGCUGUAAUUGUAUUCAUAUUUGUAUGUACUUUAACUUAAGGUAAUUAUGCAAUAGAUUAACCUUGUACCUAAAUUUAAGAUUGUCAAGUAAGCAUAGAAUGUUCCCUAAGUUGUUUUCGUUAUGUUGAAUAUAAUCUACAACAAA